AUGAUAAAUUAAUAAGUUAACUCUACAAAAACAGAACCAGUAUAAAAUAAUUAUGAUUAAAUGAGAGGUAGAGUGUAUGUCAUAAUUAGGCCCAUUUUAAUAUACGCCAUUUAUAAUAAACCAUCCAGGACAACCAGAUGACGAUUACUCAGUUAAAGACCCAACUGUAAAGACAUUAGAUCGAUCUAAAUAGUGUUUAUCCCCCUUUAAUGUCAAUCAUGAGGUUUCCUUCUUAUUUACAUUUCUCAGAUCUCCAAUGAAAGGAUUUCCUUCAUCUAAGAGUCAAAUAGCAUUCAAUUAUUGCCAUUCAACCAAAAAACUCUAGAGACCACUAAAGCUUUUUAAAACAACAAGAAACUCAAAACCAAAUACGCAGAAAUUUUCCAAAGCAAAUUUAAAUUGAAUGAGAAAGCAAAGAAAUUUUCGUAUAUUUUUGACUUGGCUUAAUCAGACAAUACUCUAUAAAGUAUUAAAUGUCGAAAGUUUUAGUUGUAUUGUAGCCUACCUCAAAAUUACUUAAAUAUUGGAGUCUCUUUUAUCUAUUGACAAUGAUCGUUCAGAUUAUCAUCAUCCCUCUUUAGAUAGAACCCUUCUUUGUGUUAUUUCUUAUACUCAAAGUCAUAGAUGCCCUCUUGAACUCGAUCUCAACAUUUGCAAUUAAUGGAGAGAUCGAAACUCAACUAAUAGCAAUCAUAAAUCAUUAUUGUAAAUCAUAAUUGGUUUUUGACCUAGUAAAACAUUUAUAUAUUUCAAAUAUAGAUUUUUCUUGGUUCCUUGUUAUUUUCACAGAACUACUGGAGCAUAGUGAUCAAUCUGCUGAGUAACAUCCCGAGACUGAUAUAAAUUUAAAAGCAAGUCUAAUUGUAAAUAUCUCUAUUAAAUAGUAAUAGUGAAUAUAAUAUUUUUAACUCUUUCUCGCUUUUAAGUAUUUUGAUAAUAAAAGCAAUUUUACUGAUCCACGUUAUAACAUGUUUUUGGCUAUUUAACCUGCUCAUUGAAAAUGAGGACUCCUUCUUAGAAUAGUAUUUGCAUUCCUUAUAUUACGUACUCAGCGUAAUGACUUUCAAUUCGGUCGUCAUUGAAAUGAGUGAUCAACAAAACAUUAUUGUAUAUAGUGUCAUCUCAUUGUUCUCGCUCAUUUUUUUCUCCUACUUCUUAGCCAAAAUGCUUACAAUUUUUAGGGAUGACGAAUUAGAUUAGUAAUUGAGUGAAUUCAUGACUCAAAACAACCUAGACUCGACUCUCAAACAAAAAAUAAUCAGCCAUUUACUUUAUUAACCAAAAUACCUUCAUGAUAGAUUUAUUUCACAAUUGUCUAGCAAUUUAACUUAGGAAUACAAAAUCAGUCAAAGAUCCAAAUUAAUAAACUAGUAUUUUAAAUACUUUAAUUAAAAUACGAUUUAAUCAAUCAUUGAUAAUAGUUAUGAAAUUGUAUGUUAACCUAAUUAAACUAUUAUUUAAGAGGGCACCUUGGAUGAUUGCUCAUUGUAUUUCAUCCUAGAGGGUUCAGUGUGUCUGAAAUCGAGGACUAAUAUAAAGUUACAGAUUUUGAAAUAAAACAACUCAUUUGGAGAAAUAGGAUUUUAUACUCAAAAACCACGCAAUUUCACCAUUCAAAGUGAUGGAGUAACUAGACUUUUGAAAAUAGAACGAACAACAUUCUUAUCCUGUUUAAGCUUCAAUGACAAAGUACAAUUAAACUGAUAAUAUUGUUUAGUAAUUGUUUUAUCAAUAGAGAGAUAAAAUAUUAUUCAAUCUAGGUUUACCAAUAAAAUGUGCAUGUUGCUAAAAGGAUGAUCACAUAAUCACAAGAUGUCCUUUGUUGACUUAUAAACCAAAUUAAAGUUUAAUUUUAUAGAAGUUUAUUUUUCCGCAUAAAUAGAAUAGAAAAGAAUGUAAUUUUUACAUCUCUAAUUAAAUAGAUAAGCGAAGAUACUCUAAGGAUAUGAGAGCAUUAAAUUUUUAUCAAUGUGCAUCUCAAUACGAAGUGGCAUUUUUAAAAUUAUUCUCAGAUCAAUUGCAAAUAUCAUAACUUAGCCAAUCUCAAUUGCCAUAUGAUGAUUUUGCUUAUCGUGAUUCUAACGUAAGUGCUCGAAGCUUAACGAAAUUCAGCAGAGACAGAUCUGUUGUCAAAUCCACUUCUUUCAUGAAGUAACAAUCUGGUUAUGAAUAAUAAUCCAUGCCCAACAACACCGACAAUUUAUUGUAUGCAUAAACAUCAUUACAAGCUCUAAUUUUGAUUAAGAUAAUGAAUUUCAAAUCAUAAAUAGCAACCAGGAUAAAAAGUAUGAUGAAUUCGAAUCCUUGAUAAGAACUGAUCAACAAAAGAGAACCUUUGCAACUGCUGGAUUUGGAUCUCAAAGCUUAGCUGCUUCCAAUAAAGAUCUAACUUAGAAAUCUUUAAAUAUCAUUCUGGAAAAUGAAGACUCUGACAGUAUCUCAGAACCUAAGUCUAAAUCAGUAGAAGAUGAGAAUGUUGUUGAUUCACCUCAAGAUAAAUUUGAGAGGAAGAAUAAUGAUCCAAAAUUAACAUUCAAUUACAAUUUUGAAACUCAAAUGAAUGAACUCCAAAAGUAAAAUUAAAGUCAUCCACGUUUAUCUCGUCUAGGAUCUGGUUCUAUUCGAUAAUAAAGUUCAAGGAAUAGUACAUAUAAAUAUCCAGAUGUAAUAAGUUAACGUUAAAAUUCUUCCAGAUCAUUAACUUACAGUCCAAUCCCCUCUAAUAGUUAAAUAAAGUCAGGAAUGCCAUCCUCUAAAUAGCAUAGAAAGUCUACAUUCUCUUUCCCCCAAAAAUUAGUCUAAUAAACUCGUUAAGUUGAUAUUACUAAUCUUGAUGAUAGUAGAAGCUAAUAGCAAAGACAUUCAAUUAGAAAAAUAUCUACUAAAACUGGAACAAAGAUUUCUAUAAUCCCCUCUUGUUUCUAGCCUUUCAGCAACGCGGACGUAUUCAUUACUAAUUUAUUAAGUUACCUCUCUACGCUAACAAUUCUUUUGGAUUAAAUAAUUUUGACGCUAUGUAUUCAUUUGACUACUACUUGCCUCACAAUAAUUAUGAAAUUACCAUAUACAAGUAUUUAUUAGGUGAUAUCUUAAGGGCUAACAAAUUUAGAUAUAUCAGAGAAAUAUAUCUUUCAAAGUAUUUAAAUGACUAUCAUCUAUCGAACAUGAUUUAACUAUUAAAAUAAAAAAGAUUGAAAACAAUGAAAACAUAGACAAGUUAAAAGAAGUUAGGGUGA